AUGUCCGAUUCUGAUGAUUGUGAUUGGUUUGACAAGGACGAUGAUGCCUUGGCGCGAGAUUGGCAGAAAAAUAUGAAGGCCAAAGAGGCCGAGCGUAUGGAGGAACGCAUUAAAGUACCGACAAAUACAUUGGAUGCCUACAUUAAGGAGCUGACAUUAAAGGCCUCCUCAUCCCACCCACAAAAGAGCAACAAGGCGGCCAACAAAAAGAAAUUAAAUAUUGCCGAGCUGAGGAAGAUAACCCAGUUGUCCCCACUAGAUCAAUUUCUGCAUACCCAUACGCUGGAAUAUGAUUUCUAUACGGAUCAACUGCAGCCAAAUGACAGCCAAGAAAAAGUUAUUUUAUAUACCAACAUUAUAUCCGGCAUAUGUCGCCUGGAGUUACCGGGUUUUCAAAAAACAUUACUCCUAGCAUUUCGUCGGAACAUCUGUUUACAGGAACAUUUACGUCUGUUGUUGGCCAAAUUGUUUUGUAAACGUUUUAAAGAUAUGUGGAAGCAGCAGAAGGAAAUGGAAGAAUUAUUGGAAAAUAUUGAACUUUUGUUUCUGCAAGGCUAUAGUAUUGAAGCAACAUGUGUUCCGAUUGAUGUGGAAGAAGAUAUACUCAAGGAUAUCAUGAAAAUAUUGGAUAAAAGUGAUAGUGAUUUGGCCGUGUGUAAAAAAUACAAAAAACGAUUAAAGGAGAACCUACAUUCACUGGCGACAACUACCUCAUCAAAAUCCGAUACAUGUACCUGGGAAAUUUAUCCAACAAUAGAUGAGCUUUUAAGCAAUCAACCGCCAUUGUGCAAUUUCGAUGUUAGUGAUGAUGGGACAAAGGAAUGUGUUCGAUAUGUAAAGGAUAGUAAAUCAAUACAAAUUCCAGAUAAUUUCCAUCUCUUCGAAGAUGUCCAUAUUGUAUUGAAUGAACAAUUUCUGGAUGCAAAUCGUCAUGAGUUGCUGUUUGUGGAUAUUUUGGGAAGUCGACGAAAUUUAGAAGAUGAUGGUAAUACAAAUAUACCAUGGGAAAUUCAGGAUAAGCUAUGGAAAAUCAAAUCGGGCGCCUUACUGUGUUUUACAACAUCACGAGAUUUUGAUAAUUUGAUUUUGGCCACUGUUACAUAUACCAGUCAGGAGUGCCUCAAAGAGGGAUAUAUUGGCAUUGAAAUAGCCCUGCAAUACAAUAUUGGUAGCAUUUACAGAAGACCACUGCUUAUGUUUGAAACACCUGCCUUUUUUGAACCCUACAACAAUGUUUUCAAUUAUUUGAAAAAUUGUACUACCUCAGAUUUUCCAAUGAAACAAUAUAUUGUCGAUGAAGAAGAGCAUCCAACUACAGAACCUAAAUACCUUACAAAAGAUACCAUAUAUGAAUGUAAUGGACAAAAAUUCCAUCCCUUAACAGAGUCCCCCGAUAAAGAUACCCUAGAAUUAAAUCCCUCACAAUUGGAAGCGUUCUCCAAAGCAUUAAAGCAGGAAUUUGCUCUAAUACAGGGACCACCUGGUACCGGUAAAACAUAUCUCUCAGUGCAAAUAGUUAAAACCCUUAUAGAUAAUGCUGAGACACCAUUAAUUUUGAUUACCUAUACCAAUGAGUCGUUGGAUAAGUUUUUGGUUAAACUUUCAGCCUUUACAGAGAAUAUUGUGAGAUUUGGUAGUCAAACUCGUGAUCCACGAAUAGCCAAAUAUAAUGUUAAAGAUGUUGUGGAGCAUACCAUGAUAAAUCCCAAAUUGAAACGUUUGUAUUAUCUCUGUAAUAUAGAAUUUAAAGAGGCUUUUGGUUAUCUUCAACAAAAACAUCGUGAAUUUGAUGGUACCGAUGACACGUAUGGGGAAAUAUUAAAGGCCCAACGACGAUUAGCUGAGGUUAGUGAGAAGCUAAGGACACUUAAGACAAUGUUUCAAUAUUAUGUGGCCCGAGAAAAGGCGAUUAUUGGUAUGACCACGACGUGUGCUGCCAAAACUAAUUUUUUGUUCCGUCUAUUGAAAAGUAAAAUUGUUAUCUUCGAGGAGGCAGCUGAAAUCUUAGAAUCCCACAUAGUGGCUUGUCUAACUCCCUAUACGGAACAUGUCAUUAUGAUCGGUGAUCAUCAACAAUUACAGCCGUAUACCUCCAAUUAUCAAUUACAACAAAAAUCACAAAUGAAUAUUUCCCUCUUCGAGAGAAUAUUCUCGAAAUAUAGCAAACCAAUUGUUUUACGUACUCAAUAUCGCAUGCAUCCAAAAAUUGCCGAUCUUUUAUCGAACACAAUUUACACUGAUUUGGAUAGUGAUGAUAGUGUUAGCCAUUAUCCGGCCAUACGACAAAUGUCAACAAAUCUAUUCUUUAUGACACAUAAUAAACCAGAGGCGAAAACCGAACAAGAUUCGUCGCUAUAUAAUCCCUACGAAGUGACACAAGUUGUCCAAUUGGCAUUGCAUUUAGUACAGAAUGCUUUGUACGAUAUCGAAGAUAUACAAAUACUAAGUCCAUAUGCCAGACAAAUUGAUAUGAUAAGGAAACAGUUACAACAACAUGCCGCCCUACAACAACUUAAAGCUUGCACUGUCGACAGUUUCCAAGGUUUGGAAUCAAAUAUUGUUAUCCUCUCCUUGGUACGCAGUAAUACAACUUCACAAAUUGGUUUCCUCAAACAAAGUAAUCGCAUUUGUGUGGCCUUAUCUCGGGCCAAACAUGCCAUGUAUUGUAUUGGAAAUUUGGAGCUGCUAAGUCAAUGUAGUAGCAUAUGGAAAGAGAUUGCCGGUAAAUUGCAACAACAUCAGGCAGUGGGUGAUAAAUUUCCCAUCGAAUCGGAAAAUUAUUUCUAUGAUAAAUAAUUG